CGCCUCCGCAACCGCGACACGACACACACCAGCGCCGCCACCGCGGAAGGAGCAAGGUUGAAGAAGAAGCGGCACCCGCCACAGAUACGCCGCGCGGCGGCGCCAUGGCCGAGCUGCGGCACGCCACGGCGGCGACCCGCGCCACCAGUUCCCCAUCCAAGCGCGACGCCGAGGCCGCGUCCGCGUCCUCGCCCUUGGUCGCGUCCCCCCGCGUCGACGGCGGCAAGGACGGCCUCCGCCCCCAGCCAAGAACGCGCCGUACCUGUGCCGCAAGGAGGGGAUUCGGCUCCACUGCCCCAGGGUGAGGCAGCGGGACUCUCUGUGGGAGAAUCCUCAUGCUGCAGCAACUUGGUGGAAGCCGUGUGCUGAGCGUCAGAGUCAUGAAGUCUCAGACCUCGUGUCAGAGAAUGAAACUUCUGGGUUUAUAUUUAUUCAUGCCGAGGGUGGAUUAAACCAGCAACGUAUAGCUAUAUGUAAUGCUGUUGCAAUUGCUAAGAUAAUGAAUGCCACACUUAUUCUGCCAGUGCUAAAGCAGGACCAAAUAUGGAAAGAUCAAACGAAAUUCGAAGACAUCUUUGAUGUAGACCAUUUUAUAAAUUAUUUGAAGGAGGAUGUGCGCAUUGUUCGAGAUAUUCCUGACUGGUUUACAGAAAAGGAUGAGCUUUUCACUAGUAUAAAGCGCACUGUGAAAAAUGUCCCAAAGUAUGCAUCAGCACAAUUUUAUAUUGAUAAUGUCUUUCCAAGGAUCAAAGAGAAAAAGAUAAUGUCAAUCAAGCCGUUUGUUGAUAGGUUAGGAUAUGAUAAUGUUCCAAUGGAGAUUAACCGACUGAGGUGCCGAGUUAAUUAUCAUGCUUUGAAGUUUCUACCUGACAUUGAAGAGAUGGCUGACAAGCUAGCAACAAGGAUGAGGAAUCGAACAGGAAGUUUAAAUCCAUACAUGGCUCUUCAUUUGCGAUUUGAGAAAGGAAUGGUGGGCCUUUCAUUUUGUGAUUUUGCUGGAACUAGGGAGGAGAAAGCUAUGAUGGCUACUUACAGACAGCAGCAAUGGCCAAGGCGGUACAAGAAUGGAUCUCACUUAUGGUCACUAGCACUAGAAAAGAGAAAAGAAGGCCGCUGUCCGCUUGAGCCGGGGGAAAUAGGAAUUAUUUUGCGUGAGAUGGGGUAUACUAAGGAAACUCAGAUAUAUGUUGCAUCAGGGCAGGUGUAUGGUGGAAACAACAGAAUGGCACCCUUGAGAAAUAUGUUCCCCAAUCUGGUUAGCAAAGAAGAUCUUGCUAGCAAGGAGGAGAUGGAGCCUUUCAAGAAGCAUGUAACUAGUCUUGCUGCACUGGACUUCUUGGUGUGCCUGAAGUCGGAUGUGUUCGUCAUGACCCACGGUGGCAAUUUCGCCAAGCUGAUCAUCGGCUACCGCCGCUACAUGGGCCGCCACAGGCUCAAGUCAAUCAAGCCAGACAAGGGUCUCAUGUCCAAGUUCUUCGGGGACCCUUACAUGCCUUGGGCGACUUUCGUGGAGAACGUGAUGAUCACCCAUGAGACACGAACCGGGCUCCCCGAAUCCACCUUCCCACACUAUGACCUAUGGGAGAACCCUCUCACCCCUUGCAUGUGUAGAGCUUAAAUUAUAGACUACGAGUGAUGGUGCAUAGUUAUUCUUUGUUCAUUUGCUGAUAUGCAAACUGCAAAUUUUGUGUAGUUUUUUACCACUUUUUGAUGUACGAUUUUUUUUUACCAAAGCAAAGUUCAGUU